CAGGGAUGUAAACACCUAUUAAGUGUGUUGGGAGCAGUGAUGGUUAUAAAGUCAACAGCUGCUGGGAUGAAGGAUCCUUGGUAACGCACCUUUGUGCACUCAGGUGCACAGCUGUCUGUCACUGAAGGAACCAUCCAGUUCUGCAACAGCUUCGUGCGUGGGUUGGGCAAUAUUGUCCAACAGUGAUGUUAUUUUGUGCCAGAGUCCUUCAGUCCCUCACCACCUCCACUGUGUCCAGGGUGCAUCGUAGGACACAUCUGGCCUUCCUGAUGGGCUUAUCUAACUGCUUCCUCUCAGCUGUGGAUAAGCUGCUGCUCCAACAAACUACACCAUAGAAGAUCGCUGAUGCCACCACAGUCAAAAAGUGUGUCUGUGUUGCCCUUUGAUGAACUGGGAACCUGCUCAGGGUAUACACUCUUACCUUUUUAAAGCUGAAGAUGGACAAACCUCUGCCAGGACUAAGCAGGGACGACCCCUAAUAAGGCAGUUAUUGCACUCGGGACAAUGUUCCUCUUACACAUGAAGUUGUCUUAAAACCUUCCCUAAACCUGUCUUAAAACCUACCUCCCAAAAGAUGUGAAGUCUGAGGCCCAAAACAAAUGAUUAAGUUCAACAGGAUCGUGUCCAAACCUGACAAAACAGGAGUCUAUACCAGGGUACAUUUCUGAGAUUCUACACUGAAUUUGAUAAAGUGUGCCUGCGAAACAUGCAUGACAAACACUAGAGGCCACCUCCAGUAGACAAUGAGGAAGCCUUUUUAAUAAACACUUCCUCAGAAGUAAUUGUGAAACCAAUAUCAGAUGUUGUUGGUUUCCUCCAGCACGUUUUCACACUCCACUGGCAGCUUCGCAAAGAGCAACUUCUCUAAAAGAGGAUGACAAAGAAGGCUGUGUUAUGCCUACGCUUGAUGGGUCACUGAUACUGCACACAUAAACUCUGCAGCAGGAGAAUCAAGUGGAACUGAACACUUUUGUACAUGCCCUUAAAAGAUUUGAUUUGCAUGGUCAUUGCCUUUAUUUGUAAAGAAGAUGGCAGUCCCACUGUCAGACAUCCUGCUUCUUCGGGCUCUUCCAGGGAUGACUACAGUUAGCAGAUCCAGGUUUCUUUACAACAGACUGAACAGUGAUUUCAAGCAGAGACUGGCUGUCAGCUCCCAGAGCCUUCACAUUUCACCAAACUUCUUCCGGGAUGCUGACCCUGUGGUUUUUGCCAUCAGGAGUGGAGAUGUGGAAACCCUGAAUGAUCUGGCAGCAUCCUCCUCCCACAGCCUCCUGAAGGAAAACAACAAUGGAUGGCUACCUUUGCAUGAGGCUGCCUAUUCUGGACAGACUGACUGCCUGAGGACCCUGUUGAAGGCCCAUCCAGGUUCAGUGGACAAGCGGACCCUGCAGGAACAGACUGCUUUGCUGCUGGCCGUGUCAUGUGAACAGUUGCCCUGCGUGCAGUGCCUUCUGGAGUCAGGCGCUGACCCCGACAUCUGCAGCAGUAACAAAGAAACUCCUUUGUAUAAAGCUUGUGAACUGGAAAAUGCGGACAUGGUAAACCUCAUUCUGUCCUACGGUGCCACUGUAAACCAGCGGUGCAGUCAGGGCUGGACAGCCCUCCAUGAGGCUGUUUCCAGAGAUAACACAGAGAUCUGCGAGAUACUGAUCCGAGCUGGGGCCACAAUCAAUCCGGCAAACACCUACUGCAUCACACCGCUUAUUGUAGCAGCUCAGCGAGGACUGAUGAGGGCGCUGUGUUACCUCAUUGAGAAAGGAGCAGGUGUGAACAUGCAGACAUGUGAGGGUUUUACAGCUCUGCAUGAAGCCAGUAAGAAUGGACACGGAGAAGUUGUUGCUUUACUCCUCACAAAAAACGCAGAUGCCAAUAAACCUGAUAACUCCGGACUGCUGCCUCUACAUGUUGCUGCCCAGUAUGGACACCAUGAGAUUGUUUCUCUGCUCGUCUCGGUUACCAGCCGAGCCAAGCUCCGGCACAGCUGGAUCAGCCCCCUCCACCUGGCAGCACAGUACGAUAGGCACGCUGCGGCAGCCGUGCUGCUGAAAACUGGUGCAGACGUGAACGCCACUCUGCCACACAGUCACUCCAUUGAGUACGCCGACCGACGCACCACAGCUCUCUACUUUGCUGUUGCCCACGGCAGCAGGAGGACAGCGGAGGUGUUGGUGAAUGCCGGUGCAAGCCUGAGUCUAGAUCCAGUCAGUCCUCUGCUGAUGGCUGCACAUCACGGCUGUGUCAGCACCGUGUCCUUGCUUCUGGAGCGAGGGGCGGAUAUGAAUGUCAGACUCCCAUCUUUUGCUACUACAUUCCCAGCUCUUGUUACACUUUGUAAGAAUAAUCUACCUCUGCUGAAGUGCCUUUUAAACCACGGCUGUGAUGCCCUCACUUGUUUCGCCUGUACAUACGGUGCUGACGCCCACCCUCCUUUAAGAGGAUCCAGCAUAAGAACUGCUGUCAGCCAUAGAUAUGAUUGUACACUUCCUUUAAACUGCGAUGAAAGGACAGAAAGGGUAACACAGUUCUGUGAGUGGAUCUCAACACCAGCUAUGUGUAAAUGGGCCGGGCCCAUCAUAGACUUGUUGCUGGAGCACGUUGGUCAUGUUCAGCUGUGCAGCAAGCUCUCUGAGCUCCUGGACGGCAGAGAAGAAUGGCACGCCAUCAAAAGGAAGUCAUUGUCACCACGUCCGCUGCAGCACCUUUGCAGAUUAAGCAUUUGGACUCAGAUUGGGAGAGACAGAAGGAGAUCUAUUACUAGCUUGCCUCUGCCAAGCAGACUAAAAACAUAUCUCAGUCCAGAUGACUGACUUUCAAAUAGAUAAACCUCAGAUUUUAGUGUUUUUGUGCAUAGAUAUAUUUAUCUUCCAGUUUCUUUUUUUAGUCAUAUUUCAAACCUUAAAACUGUAACGGCCCUCUUGUGUAUAAAUAUCUAUUUAUACUUUAA